UACUCGUGGUUUGUGCGGGAUGAAUGAAUCCGAGCCAACCUGGGUGAUAUAGUAGCGCGUCUGAAACUAGUCGCGCAGUUUAUACAGCUGAAAGGGCUUGUGUUCCUUGUACUUUGGUUCGGUAUCGUCUAUACCCUAUCGCUGUUCUUUUAAUUCCAAACAAUGGAUGAACUUAACAAGGACCAGAUUGCAAUCCUCCGAAAGGCUUUCGAAGCUUUUGACCAUGAGAAAAAGGGCUGCAUUGGUACUGUGAUGGUUGGCACUAUACUUCAGAUGUUGGGACAUACAAUCACAGAUGAUAUUCUCAAAGAAAUCAUCGAUGAAGUGGAUGCGGACGGUUCCGGUGAGUUAGAGUUCGAGGAGUUCGUGACCUUAGCAUCUAGAUUCAUGGUUGAGGAAGAUGCGGAGGCGAUGCAAGCUGAACUGAAGGAAGCAUUCCGUUUAUAUGAUAAGGAAGGUAACGGUUACAUCACGACAGCUGUUCUUCGAGAAAUCCUAAGAGAGCUUGACGACAAAAUCAGUGCUGAGGAGUUAGACAUGAUGAUUGAGGAAAUUGACUCCGACGGCUCUGGAACCGUUGACUUUGAUGAAUUCAUGGAAGUCAUGACUGGAGGAGACGACUGAAAAUUUAAUCCAUAUCAGUACUUAUGUAUCUACAUUCUAAGAAUACUUCUAAUUCUAUACUUAAGCGAUUUUGGUUUUAUUUUUACUAUGUAUUUUGAAAAAAGAAGGUGGUUUUAAUUCCAUGCGAUUUUUUUUUCUUCUUUGUGAUAUGACUUCCAUAUUUCCGUCAAAGCUAAAUCAAUUAUUUCUAUAAACGUUUUAUUUCAUUUCAAAGGAUUCCUCUCUCUUAAUUCACUAUAGAUAAAUCAACGUUUUAGUAAACAAUCUAUAGUAUGCUAUAAUUCGAGAUACGUUUUAUUUUUUUAAUCCAUUUUUAAACUUGGCCAGUAUUUUGAUGUUUUUUAGAUAUUGAUCGUAACAAGAAGGAAGUAUAUUCGUAAACAAUAUCGAAAAAAAACAAAGUACAAGUACAAGUGACUUACCUCAUUUUCAAUGUGAAAAUUAUUAUUUUAAAAUUACAAUAGCUAUUAAAUGAUAAUUAAAA